AUGCCUCCAAAAUCAGCCGAAAAAAAACCGUCCGCCACGAAGGCGCCAGCCAAGACACCUGUCUCGAAGGAGGCCGGUAAAAAGACAGCUUCAUCCGGUGACAAAAAGAAACGAACAAAAACCAGGAAAGAAACUUAUUCAUCGUACAUCUACAAAGUUCUCAAACAAGUACACCCGGAUACGGGAAUAUCUAACAGAGCCAUGUCUAUAUUAAACUCAUUCGUAAAUGAUAUCUUCGAGAGGGUCGCAACUGAGGCAUCUAAACUCGCCGCUUACAAUAAAAAAUCAACCAUAUCUUCGAGAGAGAUACAAACAUCCGUGCGAUUAAUUCUUCCCGGUGAACUCGCAAAACAUGCAGUUUCAGAAGGAACGAAGGCUGUAACAAAGUACAGCUCAUCUACAAAGUGA